AUGACCUUAUAUCAGGUCAUAGCGGCGAUUGUGUUGUUUAAUUUUCAUAUUGGUCCAACCGAGACUUGUACCAGCACAUCCGUUAACCACAUUCCACCAACUCCGCCCACUCCAAUGGGUAAGUCUGAAGGGUUUUCCGGCUGGCGGAACAAAAUUAAUAAAUAUAAUAGCUUUUUUUAACCCUUUGCGGAAAUAAUAUAAUGGUGGUUCAGCCCAUCGAAGCUUUAUUUGGGACUUAUGACAAAAAAUGUUAUAAAAAGUACCUCCAGUUGACAUAACCCUUAAAAAAAAUUUUCUAACGGCCUGUAAAUUAGAAACUGCCCCCUCGCUCAAAUUUUGAGACUUGACUGAACUGAUGCACUACAAACGCUUUUUUUAGGCUGCAAAACAUGCCCAGCGGAUGUUUUCUUGAGAACCACAACGAUAACGGAUAACGCCGACGGAUGCAUGCAAAUAACAAUAUACUGCGCAAUGUCUGAUCAAGAAAUCUCGGUAAUUUUCUUCACUCCUAUCCUCUUUUUUUUGAUUUUUACAAACCGCAAUUUUUACUAUCGAUUUAGUUCAACAACGGGGCAAUUGAUGCGACAGAACGCGGACAAAUUACCCUUCAAUGCGGCGAUGGAGGCUGGGUGUAUAAUGGGCAGGUGGUAACGGAAGCCACAUGCACGCCUGUAUAA